GUAACGAGUGCCGUGGGUCCUCAACUUUCUAUACCUGCGCUGGUGUUUGUACUACACCUGGAGUGUGCGACCUCUGAUUUCUUGACAGAAUGGCAGGCGUUUCCAUACGCAAGUCUAUUCGGUGGCUCCCGCAAAACGCACACGAACCCACCUCCACAGUGGUGCUCAGUUCCGCAGGGAGAAAGUUCGUCGAUAUUCGGAUCUUGAACUCCCUGGAUAAAGAUGCGGAAGAUCAACCUGAAAUACUAGACUCAAGUCGAUUAGACUGGGCUAUUGCCGGAACGUCUUCAUCGAUCGCAGUACCUGAUCGCGGCCCAGAUGUAAGACUUUCAACGUUUAGGCAUUGGAUUGAUUCACGAACUCUCGACCUAGCCUCAGCAACAGAUGAGGGGAUGAUGUUCCCUAUGGAGACCGAUGGAGAGGAUGAGCUGGUGUUAGAAAUUGGAAAGAUGGUUAACCCCAAGACUGGCUUACUGACGGAUUAUGAAGAGGUCUGGAUUGAAAAGGCAGCCGAAUCUGUACCCAGUGACGAUGGAUGCCAGAUCGUAGUCCUGGAAUAUGAUGGUCCGAGUUCUGAUCGCCGGGGCAGUAUUGUCAGAGUCGGAAGGCUUUGCCAAGGGUUACUGAGAAUCAAGGACCAAAUAACUGCCGAGCGCUGGGAAUGGAAUGAGGGAAAAGGAUGGUGGCGGAGCAAGGCGAUCGGUAAUGGGUCCGCUUUACCAUGUCAGAAGGUCCUUGAAUCGUUGCCUAGCGAUACCGUCGAACACGAGGGGAUCUCUUGGACCUUAGUUGAAUGUAGUCAGAUCUGAUACUUGUUUUCACUCCUGACUAUGCUGAGCUCCUGUGCGGCUGCCUUUCAUACCUCAACAACUCAGACAUCCC